AUGGAAGGAAUGAAUAACCCACUCACAUCCCGCAGAGAAGCACAGAACAUGAACAGUGGGAGCAAUAGAGGCGGUUGGAUAACUUUUCCCUUCAUCAUUGGUUCAGUGGCGGGGAUGUCACUUGGAGGAGCAGGAAUAAUUGGAAACUUGAUUGUAUAUCUGAUAAGAGAGUUCAACAUAGAGAGCAUCACUGCGGCUCAGGUUGCAAACAUAGCUAAUGGAAGCUCCUCGCUUUUCCCAUUUGUUGCGGCAAUCAUUGCUGACUCUUGCUUUGGUUCUUUCCCUGUUGCCUUGGUUUCUUCUUCUGUUUCUUUGCUGGGUACAAUUAUUUUAGCCUUGACAGCAACUAUCAAAUCGUUAAAGCCUCAUCUAUGUAACGAUGGAUCAAACCUGUGCAACUCCCCUUCGAAAAUCCAAUACACAGUCCUAUAUGGGGGCAUAGCUUUAACAGCAAUUGGUUUUGGGGGUGCACGCUUCACAACAGCAUCACUGGGAGCAAACCAGUUUGAUAAGACAGAGCAUCAAGGAACAUUUUUCAACUGGUUCUUUUUCACUUGGUAUAUUGCUUCUAUUAUAGCCUUUACUGGGCUUUUCUAUGUUGAGGAUAAUGUGAGUUGGGGUUUGGGCUUUGGCAUAUGUGGCGCGGCUACCUUUGUAGCAUUAAUCCUUUUCUUACUGGGUUAUCGAUUUUAUCGCCCCGAUAAUCCCCAAGGAAGUGCAUUUUUGGAUUUGGCUCGUGUUCUUGUUGCUACUAUUCGUAAAUGGAAAUAUCAGCCAUCGUCGACAACAAAGGAUUAUUAUGGUGGUCAUGAUGAGGUGGUUCCAGUAACACCAGGAGAAAGAUUAAGGUUCUUCAAUCGUGCAGCUCUGGUAAUUGAUGGAGACCUUCAAUCAAAUGGAUCAAUUGAGAAGCCAUGGAGGCUAUGCACAGUUCAACAAGUGGAAGAUUUUAAAACUGUUAUUGGAAUAUUGCCACUAUGGACAACAAGUAUAUUCCUGGCCACUCCAAUAGGAGUCCAAGGUAGCUUGACAGUGCUUCAAGCAUUAGCCACAGAUCGAGUUAUAGGACCCCAUUUUAAAUUCCCUGCUGGCUCUAUUACGGUAAUACCCCUAAUAUCCACAUCCAUUUUCCUCACCCUUAUUGACAAGGUGCUUAGGCCUACGUGGCAAAAGCUGAUUGGUAAAUCUGCUACUCCUCUCCAACGAGUUGGAGUAGGCCACGUGUUCAAUGUUCUUGCGAUGGUUGUCUCAGCUCUUGUUGAAUCAAAGAGGCUCAAGAUAGCAAAUGGGCACAUGGCUCAAGAGAAAUCCAACCCAAUUGUGCCCAUGUCUGUCCUUUGGUUGUUUCCACAGUUAGUGUUAGUUGGCAUUGGAGAAGCGUUUCAUUUUCCAGCACAAGUUACAUUCUACUAUCAACAACUUCCACAUUCACUAAGGAGCACAUCAACUGCUAUGAUUUCAAUGAUCAUAGGAAUAUCUUUUUACCUAAGUACAGCAUUAAUUGACCAAGUUCGCAGAAGCACUGGUUGGUUACAUGAUGACAUAAAUCAUGGAAGGCUUGAUAAUUUUUACUGGUUGUUAGUGCUGUUGGGGGGCAUCAACUUUGGGUAUUAUUUGCUAUGUUCUACUUUGUACAAGCAUGCAAAAGUUUAA